AUGCCACGCAAGCGUGGCACCGCCACAUGUUCCUGCGGGUGCGGGCGCUGUCACUUUGCGUUUCUGGCGGUGCUCCUGCUGGUCGUGCUUUCCGUCAGCACGCUGCGCUUCAUGGUACUGGUAGAUACUGGGGAUCGACACGUCCGAGUCCGCAGCUUGUCCGCAGGACGUCGCCGCCGCCCUGCUAAAACGGCCCAGGACAUCCCUGCAUGGCCUUUGCACGGCGAGCCCAGUGUUCCUUCGUAUCCCCUCGGCAAAAGUGCCGGUCAUGGUGCUCCCGUGUCUGAUUCCGUCUCAGAUGAAACGGCUGCACCAACCUCCCGCUCCACAACUGCCUGCAGCAAGGAGCUUCAAAGCACCGAAUUGGCACCUGGCUUGCGCAGCACAACAUGCUCCGCCCGGGCGAGAGAACAUGUCGCUCCCCUCUUCGUGGCGGUGACCUCGCCCAUUGGCAACUUCAAGCUCCGAGCAGCUCUGAGGAGUGGGCAUUGGUUGAUGAAAGGCUUUCCAGCAUCAUCCCGUGCCUCUUACAUGUUCUUCGUGGGAAGCAGCCCUGAUCAGAAGGUGCAGGAAAGGCUCGAACAGGAGAUGCGCAGACAUGCCGACAUCGUGCAGUUCGAUUUUGCAGAUCGUUUCACAAACUUGGCAGUGAAGUCCGUCGGUGCUGCCGCGUGGGUGCACGCACACUUGAAUGUUGACAAAGUGCAGUAUGUGCUUAAGGUUGAGGAUUACAUGACGAACAGCUUUGCCAAGAUUGAUGAGGCCGUCAAAGGGUUGCAGGUUCACGGGAACCAAAAACCCUAUUACGGUGGAGGCAUGAUUUUCGGUGGCACGCCAGUGGUGCGAGAUGGACGGUGGGGCUGUCCCAGGAGGCAUUGUCCAUACGAGACCUACCCGGUCGAGUAUGCUGGGGGGCAGUACUUGCUCAGCCGAUCUGCAGUGAAGAUUUUGGUACAAAAGGCAUUACCGGCACUGGAUCUCAGCGACCCCUACCCCGUUGAAGAUCAUUAUGUCGCGAGCUUUUUGGCAGAAUCCGGCGUUCACGUGGUAAACGAGCCUAAGUUGAUGUGGGCAGCUGGAAAGCCCUAUGGUGCUCCAUCCAUUGUUGCUGACGACUUUCUGUUAUGUUUGGACACAGAAGAUCGGCCUGAGACGGCCCACGGCGAGGCUGGUGCCUGGGAAGGAAGCACUUUGGUCAUGCUGCCCGAGGAGCGCGCCAAGAAGGCCUGGUAUGGCGAUCCCUCGCAUCCCUGGUCCUCUGACCAUGGUAAGGAUGUCACCGAGUCAGUCCUAGAGAGUCUACGUGAGAAACAGCAGGUGAGGGCGUGGGAUGCUAGCUGGGGGGAUCCUGCCCCCGGCGUGCGCAAGGUUCUCUUGCUUCGCUUGGAUCAGACCAAGUAG